GGGUUUGUUUUGACUUUGCAAGACACGAGAUGGGUUUUCGCUGAACUUCAGAGUGUUAUAAAGCAGUUAUAGGUUUUAUUUAUAAUCAAUGACGGGUUUAUGGCACCGUGAGAGAUUCUCAGGAGAAGAGCUUUGGAUUGUUUUAGACUGAUCAGUCAUGCUUAUGUGUAGAAGGUGGUUGGUGUGCUCGAUGAGGGCUCAUUAUAGGAGCUUCAGUUUCUCAGCCUCCCUCAGGAAUGUAAUGCCCGCAUGGGUCAUCGACAAAUAUGGGAAAAACGAGGUGUUGAGGUUCACCAAGAACGCGGCGCUUCCAAUCAUCCAUUAUCCCAAUGAAGUGACCGUGAAGGUGCACGCCGCGGGUUUAAACCCCAUCGACAUCAGUAUGAGGGGUGGUUAUGGAGCAGCUACUAUGGCCAUGAAACGUGACCCACUGAACAUGAAGCAGUCAGGCAGUGAGUUUCCUCUAAUCCUGGGGCGAGAUGUAUCCGGAGAGAUCAUGGAAUGUGGGCUAGAUGUGAACUACUUUAAACCAGGAGAUCAGGUGUGGGCCGCUAUCCCUCCGUGGAAGCAGGGCAGCCUGGCAGAGAUUGUAGUUCUCAGUGCCAAUGAGGUGUCGCAUAAGCCCAAAUCACUGAGGCAUGUUGAAGCUGCAUCCAUCCCAUACGUGGCUGCAACAGUCUGGUCCGCCAUCGUCAAUACUGGUGGCCUGAACAAAGACAACUCUUCUAAGAAACGUGUUCUUGUCCUGGGAGGAUCAGGAGGAGUGGGAACCUUAGCUAUACAGAUGGUAAAGGCCUGGGGCGCCCAUGUGACUGUAACAUGUUCCCAGAAUGCCGAGCAGCUGGUGAGAGAUCUGGGUGCUGAUGAUGUUGUGGACUACACUGCUGGACCGGUCGAAAAACAACUACAGACAUUACAAAAGUUUGAUUUGAUUUUAGAUAAUAUUGGGGGUGAAAGUGAGAAAUGGGCACUAGAUCUUCUGAAACCCUGGAAUGGUGCUAAAUAUGUUACUCUAGUAACACCAUUCCUGCAUAACACAGACCUACUGGGCCUCGCAGAUGGAAUGAUGCAGUCUGGAGUCACCAUAGGAUGCAAAGUGCUGAAGCACCUCAGGAAAGGAGUGCACUAUCGCUGGGGUUUCUUUGCUCCAAGCGGCCCUACGCUGGACGAGAUUAGCGAAAUGGUUGAUGCUGGAAAGGUCCGUCCCGUGGUGGAGGAAGUGUUCUCAUUUGCUCAGGUGCCUCAAGGCUUUCAGAAAGUAGAGCAGGGUCAUGCUCGUGGCAAAACUGUAGUCUCCAUCAUUGAGGACGAAAAAGAGUAACUAUGGCAACCAAAAACUUACUUAUGCUGGCACUUUUUUCAGUGUCUGUUGAAUUAAAAACAUUUAUCUAAUGGCUAGUGUCUUUAUUUUGCAGUAUAAAAUUAGCAGACAAGCCCUGUUCAUUAUUUCAAAUCAUAUUAGUAACAACUUGAAAAGUCAUAACAAACAAACAAAAUUUUUUUUAUUCUU